CGUUCUGUUAAUGGAAACCAUUCUUCCUUUCCUCAGGAAUGCCAGUGUGCCAAACUCCACACUGCAAAGGAAUGUUAUAUUUCUUCGCAUAGGGAGGCAAUAAACCCGACAUGCAAAGAAACCGGGCGAGGAAAUAUGAUUUUUGUAUAGAAAACACCUCGUGCAUGUGAUAACGAGUAGGAAAAAGUGCGUGUAUCAUUAGCGUGAAGUGUCACCGUGGCCAGGGAAAAGACACAUCAUCAUAAUAAGCCCUCGACUCGGAGAACUUCAUCCUGCUGCAUAAACAAAAAAACAAUGGUAAAGCAAUGAACAGGGAAAAUAUCUGCUAUUGCUGAAAAGUCCACGCUUUCUGAUACAUUUUUGUUUAAAACCGGUCAUCAUUAGCAGCUGCCCUCCGCGAAAGCAACAUAAGGGCAGUCAAGGUGGCCUUCCACCAGGUGUAAAAAGAGUUCUCGCUCGUUUGAAUAUCUGUCUUUUUCACCGACAGCGGAGUGUGUGUGUGUAUGUGUGUUUUGGUUACGUGCGUGUACAGUACCUGGCUUUUGGAAUACCCCAAUAAACACCGUGCACAGGGUGGCAUGGAUGUGAUUUAGCGAACUACUCUGCAGGAUGGUCCCCACUUUCUGGGAUAGUUGUUGGGGAGUUGGAACCGGAUCAAAGUUCACAAGGGUUUAAUUAAUACACAUAAUCUAGUGCAUCUUGCAGUCAUGCUAAUGUCAACUCUAUAUUGUCCCUUUCAUGCUAAACUGAUCAAUAAUAAUGUUCUUUCCCCCUUUUUUCAUGUUUGUAUGCUGUGGCGACGUCUGGCAUGGAUCAAUCUUCCCUCCAAUCACUGGUGCUUUUUUCGGAUAUCACUCGCACACAUACACGUACACACGCACAUAUACACUUUGGUUUUGGUGUAAAUAUGUCCAAUCUGCGGUCAUCGAUGAUCUUUACUGGAAUCUUUACUCAACGCUCACAGUGAAUACGCCCAGGCAGGUAGCAGGUAACAAGACCGACCGUGGAGAAUUACUUUGAAUGCUGCAAAAUCACAUCUUCACUAAUGCGUGGCGUUCAGCGUCUAGCAGAUGACCAAUAGCAACGGAGGAGGAAUGUGUUGCGUUGCGCGUUAAAGGGAGCGGCAGAUGUAACGACAGUAACUACCGUUUCGGUGCUGCAGGGGAUUACGAUAAACGGGCAGGUGCAGGAAGGCGCUGUGGACGUACGUUGGAUGCUGUAAGCCGGGCCGGGUGGACGGUAUAUGUUGGUGGAGGCCGGCGGAGGCGUAGGAUCGGACGGAACCGCGCGAACGGUCCGGUAAACCAAGCGGUUCAGCACCACCAUUGUUACGCACAAGGCAGGUCAGGUCAGCAGAAUAACUCACCACAACGAUUGACGCCGCAGUAGGACGAUUUUUGUUCGUAUUAGAUUUAUAGCAAACUUUGCCGCAGUUAGCUUGCUUUCUUAACCGUCGGACAAGCGGGCUUGGGGCUGCGAUCACCGAAGAGGGGUGGUGGCAGUAGUAGUAGUAGCAGCAGAAGCAGUAGUAGUAGCACCAACGCUACUACUAGUACACAGGGGCCUUAUCCCUGUCACUUUUCUUGUUUUACCGGUUCCAAAGCGGCUUAGAAAAUAAACUUUAAUCUGACUCUCGGUUGGUUCGGUGGCACCUCGGAAAUGUCCGACACUGGUAGUGGACACGACGGAGGCGCCCAAAAGGACUAUUCACAAAAGAUGGACGGCGGAGGCGUGCUGGGCGGGGGCGGCAGCGGCGACUUCGACUCGGGCCAGCAGAGCCAGCAGACGGAGCAGGAGCUGGCUACGAAGAUGCUGCAGAUCCAGUCGAAGCGCUUCUACCUGGAUGUGAAGCAGAAUCGCCGCGGCCGGUUCAUCAAGGUGGCCGAGAUCGGUGCGGACGGGCGGCGCAGCCAGAUCUUUUUGGCCCUGUCGACCGCGGCCGAGUUCCGGGACCAUCUGUCGACGUUCAGCGACUAUUACGCGUCGCUCGGCCCGCCCAACCCGGACAAUGUGCCCGAGGACGGCAAGCUAAAGUCGGAGAUGAUGAUCAAGGACAACCGGCGGUACUAUCUGGACCUGAAGGAGAACGUGCGGGGCCGGUUUCUGCGCGUUUCGCAGACGAUCACGCGUGGCGGGCCCCGUUCGCAGAUCGCCAUUCCGGCUCAGGGUAUGAUCGAGUUCCGUGACGCUCUGACCGACCUGCUCGAAGAGUUCGGCACGAACGAUGGUGGUUACAAGGGCGAGCUGCCCGAGGGUCGCCAUAUGCGGGUCGAUAACAAAAAUUUCUACUUCGACAUCGGGCAGAAUAGCCGGGGAAUAUAUAUGCGGGUGUCGGAGGUGAAAAGCAACUUCCGCACCGCGAUCACGGUGCCGGAAAAGUGCUGGUCACGGUUCCGCGACAUCCUCACCGAUUACUGUGACAAAAUGAAGAAAACGUCCGAGUCAACUACUUCUUCAAUCACUGCCGAUAAUACUUUACAAAAGCAAACAUCAAAUAAUAUGUAAAAUUUUGAGUUAAUGAAGCGAAAACCAACAACAAAAUGAACAAACAAGCAAAGAUAAGCGAAGAACUAGUAGCAAGCAACCCCAACAAGCAAACAAGCAAAAACAUAUACAGCAAGCCCAGAUUCAAACUAUAUGAAAAAGCAUAGCAGAAAGAUACAGUUCAGAGAUAGAAAAAGAAAGAGGGAGAGCGAGAGAGAAAGAGCGAAUAAUAUAAAGGAAGAAAAAACAAACAAACAAAUAAUAAUAAAGAUUAUAAUAUUAAUAAACCGUAGACCCAAUAGAAAUGAGAGCAGACCAUGGAAAGAUGAAUGAAAUUCGAACGAAUGAGAUGCACCAUUACACAUCCGUUACAUUCACAAAGUGACGAAAAUGAGAGAGGGAAGCUGAAGAAUAAAACAAAACAGCAACAAAAACAAACAAAUAAUUAAAAAAAGUACAGUUGGGUAUAAUUAGUGGCUGGGGAGCAAAUUCAGUUAAAAUCUAGGACAAACGAAUUGGUUGGUUGGUAGUUUGAAGCUAAAUUGAACAUGGUGGUGGUUGCAGGUAGUUUGAGGAAACGUUAAACGGCAGCAACAGUUAAUAGCAAAAUGCAUAUUAAGAGAAUGGUAACACUUGUAGUGGAAAUGGCGAAUGAUAAAAAAAGAUGAAGAUGCGCGUAGAACACGAUAGAAAUUAUCGAUUUAGCAGGAAAAUGCAAGAUGCCAGAUAGGAAAAGAAAGAUAAGCUACACAUUUUCUCCCCAUUAUGUUUCGUUUUCUUGUUCUUAGGCUUUUGUUUUGUAAGAUUGUUUAUUUUUGCGUCUGUUACUUUAUUUAGCUUUUUUUAAUUUACUUAUGUCUCGUGUUAUUUACACGUGGGGCAGCGAAAAACUAGACCAGACCAGACAUAUUAAACAGCAAACGCUCUUUUAAGCGCGAAUGAAUGGAUAGUGGCUGUAUAUCGUCAUCGUCUCAUCGUUUGUGAAAGCUUUUCUUUUUCUACCUGUGUGGGCUGGAUUUGGAUUAUGUCCUUUAAGCUAACCAAGCCAAGAACGUCUCAGCUACAGUCUUUAGUAGAAAAUGUUGAGGGAGUUUCUCUGUAAAAAAAACUUAUCGUGCAUAACCGAUAAUUAGAGUAAAAGGGUAAACCAUUUUAAAUUCACACAAGCUGAGCUACACAAACACACAAACGACACUGAGGAAAGAGAAAGGUUAUAAUCAUAAUUGAAGGGGCGUUAACAAAUCUGCGAAACAAUACAAUCCGCCAUUCGCAAUGCAAAAGGAUCGAAUGAACCGAAUAAGAAAAAAAGAAAAAAAAAACACUGAGAAAGCCACUACGGAUAAAAUACCCCGAACAUUAACAGGGGAGAGACUAAACAGAAAACUCAGAUAAAAUCUGAAUAUAUAUGGAUACGUUGACAGCAAGUGGAAAGAAAACUGUUCUAAAAAGUUAAAAUAAAUUGUUGUGUACUGCUAGUUUA